AGAAAUGGUUUUAUUUGGCCAUACCCGACUGGGCUGGGCAUCGGACCCGGUGUUAGUUUCGUUUAGUCAUGCACCUUUACGCAGAGAUUAGCAUCGCAUCCCCCGCAGGUAUAUACCCGUGCGCCCCGUUUGCCAACCCAGCAUUUCCGUCAACCGCCGUAGACGCAUCCGACACCGUGCCCUCUCUCUCUCUCUCUAGCAGGAAUAUAUACUUGCACCACAGAUACAUACACAUUUCGUGUUCUUUCCCACCCACGGAAGCAAUUACUCACCGCGAUUCUCUCUCUCUCUUCCCCGCCAAAGGAAGCAGGCCCGGCCCUCCUACUAGGAAGCCGACUAAUUCUGGAUUAGCCGGGGCUGUCUGUGUCAAUUAAGGCAGUGUUUGGUGAGCUGGAAUUAUUGGAACGAAACAAUGAUUUUUUGGCCUCGUCCAAUGGGAAUGUAACCUAAGCAAUUGUGUUCAACCACCUUGCAAUUAGGUUGUUGGGGGAUUGGAGUUGUUACUGAAGGAUUCGUUGUGGGGUGGCUUUGGUUGAGCUGAAUUUUUUUUAUUUAGAUGGAUGAGGAUGGAGGUAGUUUCUCAGCAGUUGGCGUACAAGCACAAUCAAUCUCACCUCGUAGAUCAAAUGCUAUAUAUCAUUUCACCCAACAAAGUCUCCCCGCUUGUAAACCUGUCCUUACUCCAGCAUGGGUCAUUACAACAUUUUUUUUGAUUGGUGUCAUUUGUAUUCCUGUUGGGCUUCUUUCCCUUCACGCUUCACAAAGUGUUGUGGAAAUCGUGGACAGAUAUGAUAUUGAUUGUAUACCACCACCAUUUAAGAGUAAUAAGGUGGCAUAUAUCAAAGAUAGCUCAGUUACAAAAAAUUGUUCUCGGUUCUUGAAGGUUCCCAAACACAUGAAGGCCCCGAUUUUCAUCUACUAUCAGCUGGAUAACUACUACCAGAACCACCGCCGGUAUGUCAAAAGCAGAAGUGAUAAGCAGCUUUUGUACGGAUUGAAGUACAAUGGCACAAGUUACUGUAAACCUGAAGAUUCCAACAAUGGUCUCCCAAUUGUCCCGUGUGGUUUAAUCGCAUGGAGUUUGUUUAAUGACACUUAUAGCUUUUCUCGUGGGACAUCGGCAUUGAAGGUCAACAGGAAGAAUAUUUCCUGGAAGAGUGACCGGGAUCACAAAUUUGGAAAGGAAGUCUAUCCCUUCAAUUUCCAGAAUGGAAGCUUGAUUGGUGGUGGAAACCUGGAUCCAAAUAUUCCCCUAAGUGACCAAGAGGAUCUGAUUGUAUGGAUGCGUACUGCUGCACUCCCUAGCUUCCGGAAGUUAUAUGGGAGAAUUGAAGAGGAUUUGGAUGCGGAUGAUGUUGUAGUAGUGGACGUUUUGAAUAACUACAAUACUUACAGUUUUGGUGGGAAGAAAAAGCUUGUUCUAUCAACAUCGAGCUGGUUGGGAGGAAAGAAUGACUUCCUUGGGAUGGCCUAUCUUUCUAUCGGUUCUUCCUCUAUAUUGAUCUCCCUGGUCUUCCUGGUGCUUCAUGUGAAAAAUCCAAGGCCUUAUGGUGACGCAAAUUAUUUAUCUUGGAACUGGAAAGGCAUUUCUAGCUGAAGGUGGUGUUGCUUUAUUUCAAAAUAUUCAUUUCAUACCACACAUGCAUCCAAUUAAAAGCCUGAUGUAAGCAUGUAACUGUAUAUUUUCAUAGGAAAUGUCACGAAACUUUAAAUGUUAGUGUAAUGUAAGUUCUAAUUUGGCCAGGAUGUUGCUUUUGGUGGUUUUAUAGAUGGUUAGUUAAUACUA